GCCAGGCUGCGUGGUCACACGCAGCGUUGAGGCCGAACAAAGUUUAUUUUAUUUUUUAAAGAUAACUCUUAAGUGGUUCUCCUGUGUUGGUAAUUAUGGAAUUACUGGUUCGAUAUCUAAAUAAGAGAGACUCAGUCAGCUCAAUCUUGACUCAGGAGAUUGUCAAAGAAGAGAGUCUCAGAGAUGACCUGAGAUACUACUUCAUGAGUCCCUGUGAGAAGUACAGAACCCGCCACCAGAUGCCCUGGAAACUGGGAGUGCAAAUUCUGAAAAUUGUCAUGAUCACAACACAACUCAUUCUGUUCGGCCUCAACAACCAACUGGUAGUGUCGUAUAAGGAGGAGAACACCAUGGCCUUCAAGAAUCUUUUCCUUAAGGGCUACAGCGGGGUAGAUGAGGAUGACUACAGCAUGUCUGUCUACACCCAACAAGGUGUACACAACAGUCUGUUUUAUGUCCUGGAUCAGUACAGCCAGCUGGGCCGGCUCUCGGUGGGUCCGAUCAGCUAUGCUAAAGGUGAAGAUGGGAAGUUUCUGCCCCUUGUCAUCUGUAAGACGUACUAUAAAAGAGGCACUGUGGAGCCUUCAGAUGAGUUCUACGAUAUUGAUGCACAGCUGGAAAAAGUUUGUAUGUCACAUGAUCCAAAAACUGCAAACCUGUGGAGAACCCAGAAUUCAUCAUUUUUUGAUCUGGACUUUUACAGGCUUGUUUACAUCAAGCUGACCUCACAACUGAAAGGAAACCUGCAGACAGUGCGUACUCGAGAGCUGCCUGAUUGCUACACUUUCUAUAUCACGAUUACGUAUGACAACCAGUGUCACAGUGGAAUGGUGAAAAUAUUCAUGGAUAUUGAUGCUCAAAGCAGUGCAUGUCAGGACUGGAAAAUUUCAGGGACGGCCCAGAAGAACACACACUAUUUUCUGGUGUUUGAUGGCUUUGUCAUUCUGAUUUGUCUCACCUCGGCGGUGCUGUGCACCCGCUCCAUCAUACUGGCUGUCAAGCUGUUGCAGAGAUUUUCCAAAUUCUUUCAUGAGAACUACAACCGAAAAGUGUGCGACGUCGACCAGAGGGAGUUUCUAAAUGGCUGGUAUGUGCUGAUCAUAAUCAGCGACCUCUUGGCCGUUGUGGGUUCAAUACUGAAGAUGGAAAUACAAGCCAAGAGUUUAACCAAUUAUGAUGUGUGCAGUAUAUUCCUGGGAACGUCUACAUUAAUGGUGUGGGUCGGCGUGAUCCGAUACUUGGGUUAUUUCCAGAAAUACAAUGUGCUGAUUUUAACAAUGAAAGCAGCCUUUCCAAUCUUACGCUUCUGCUGCUGUGCCGGUAUGAUCUUGGGUUACACAUUCUGUGGAUGGAUCGUACUAGGACCCUACCACGAGAAGUUUGAGGGUCUAAGUCGUGUGGCGGAGUGCUUGUUCUCCCUGUUGAACGGUGAUGAUAUGUUCUCCACCUUCGCCCAGUUGAAGGACAAAAACACUUUGGUGUGGUUCUUCAGUCGUGCUUACCUCUACUCCUUCAUCUCCCUCUUCAUCUACAUGGUGCUGUCACUCUUUAUCGCUCUCAUCACCGAUGCCUAUGAGACUAUUAAGAAUUACCAGAAAAAUGGAUUUCCAUUGACAGACUUGCAGAAGUUCCUCACAGAGCAGAAAGAUUUUCCUCUUGCAGAGGAGACCAGUCAGAUGGAUGGACACGUCAGAUACUCCAUGUUCUGCUGUCAAAGACGUUCAGAAAAUGAUGAAAUUCUUGUCAUCAGCUGACAUCGUUUCCACCUCCAGAUGAGACCCCUCUGAUGCCAGAAAAAAAAGAUAUUUAAUAAAGAUUUGUACAAAUGAGGGUGAAAAAUUAUUAUUACGUAUUAUUUACGUUUUCAAGCAUGUGUGUACUGUAUUCAGCCAAAGAAAUGGGAGGGGAAAAAAAAUGUUUCUCCACUUCUGAUCACUGGUACAAACACAAUAUAUGUGUUGUGUAUUUUCUAAGCAUUAAGACUUUGAACUUUUACAUGCAGUAAAACAAACUUGGAAUUUUUUUUGCUGCCGUUUUUUUUUUUUUCUUUUUUUUUUUUCUAUGAAUUGUAUUUGGGCAACAAAUCACGAUUAAGCUGUCAACGUUUCUGCCUAACUACAUACUGUUUGAAGUUAUUCAUGCAGCUUUGCAAUAAGCCUCACCUACAUAUGCAAUUAUAAAAUAAAAUCUUUCUGAACAGACUGAUACAAUUAUUCUUUUUUUUUUUCUUUUUAGCAAAUUGGUGUUAAUACAAAUUUUCCUAUGAUACAGUAAAUUCCUUGAGUUCUGAGAGAAAUAUUAAGUGCUACUUUUAGUUUCUAAAUGGUAGCAGAGAUGUUUUGUGUGAUUUAUUCAUCACAAAUGUGAAGAAUUAUACGAGUCAGCUUUAUCAUCCAGUCUGCCAAGUGGUUGAGACGUUCAGACAAGCUGGAGCUUGAUGUGUGACACAGACUUCAUGGAUAUUUUUACUU